AAUGACUAAAUGAAAAAUGAACCCCUGGGUCGUGUUCUUUGCAUCUGUCUACAGUGUUGCAGUGUUUAAAUGCAUGUGUGAUGUGAACCCCUGGGUCGUUUUCUUUGCAUCUGUCUACAGUGUUGCAGUGUUGGGAUUCACCAAAGAAGCCUUUCCUGAGGUGGUUUCAAACAUGAAAUCGCAGAUGGUGCCCAUAGUGUGUAUUGCAGCACUGGCUCUCUCAGUGUGUGUUGUCUGUGGCGGGAAGGUUCUGGUGUUUCCUAUCGAUGGCAGCCACUGGGUCAACAUGAACAUUCUGAUCAAGGAGCUUCAUUCUAGGGGGCACACCAUCACUGUGUUCAGGUCUUCAGGAAGCUGGUACAUCAAAGAGUCAUCUCCACACUACAGUUCGAUCACCAUAGACACUCCGGGGGGGUUCGACGAGGCCUUCUUGAAUGAACUCACGUCUCGCCUGAUACAGAUCCAGGCUGACGGCGAGUCGAGCUGGACGCGUCUUCAGGUGGAGUGGGAGCUCAUGGUAAAGGGUGCAGAGAUGACUCAAAUGGAGAUCGAGAUGCUGUCGAAAUUGCUAGACGACCACAAGCUUACACAGUCCCUCAAGGAUGCCAAGUACGAUCUGGUUUUGGCGGAUCCCGUGGAACCAUCUGGAGCCAUCCUAGCUCAUUACCUGAACUUGCCCUUGGUCUUUAAUGUCCGGUGGACUGCUCUCGGUGAGGGGCACUUUGCCAUAGCUCCUACGCCUCUGUCGUAUGUUCCCAUGCCUAUGAUUGAGCUCACAGACAAAAUGAACUUUCUUGAAAGGGUUUUAAAUGUUCUUUUUUUUGCCUUUUAUGAACUUCAAGCCGAGUUUAUCCUUCGGCCAAUGUAUGCUCCUUUUACAAACAAAUAUUUGGGUCCAGACGUAGAUUAUUUUCAGUUGAUUCAGGGAGCUGAUAUUUGGCUGAUGCGAGUCGACUUUGUGUUUGAGUUCCCACGCCCCACUAUGCCUAACAUUGUUUACAUGGGUGGGUUCCAGUGUAAGCCAGCAAAGCCCCUUCCUCAAGACCUGGAGGACUUUGUACAGAGCUCUGGAGAACAUGGAGUCAUCAUCAUGUCUUUGGGGACGUUAGUCAGUGAACUUCCAAAACGCAUAAUAGAGGAAAUGGCUGCGGCUUUUGCCCAGCUCCCGCAGAAAGUCAUCAUGAGGUACACCGGAGAAAAACCAUCGACCCUUGGCAAUAACACCCUGCUGGUCGAGUGGUUGCCUCAGAACGACCUCCUUGGCCAUUCAAAGACCAAAGUAUUUGUAGCCCAUGGGGGAACCAAUGGAGUUCAGGAGGCCAUAUAUCAUGGCGUCCCAAUUCUUGGUGUCCCACUGAUGUUUGAUCAACCUGACAACCUCUCAAAGAUGAGAGCUAAAGGGGCAGCAAAGGUCAUGGACAUUUUCUCCGUCAACAGAGACAGCUUCCUCCAGGGCUUACAGGAAGUGCUCCAUGAGCCGUCCUACAGGGAGAACAUGCAGAGGCUCUCCAGGCUGCACAGAGACCAGCCAAUGAAGCCCCUGGACCGAGCCAUCUUCUGGAUUGAGUUUGUAAUGAGACACAAAGGUGCUGCUCACCUGCGCACAGAGUCCUACAAGAUGCCCUGGUACACCUACCACUCAGUGGACGUCAUACUGUUCUUACUUGCUGUCAUGACUACUUUUGUGGCUACUUUUGUUUUUGGGAUGAAAUUUCUGUGCACCAGGAUUUGUUGUAAACGAAAGUCAAAACAAGAAUAAAAACUACCUCUUUUUUUUUAUCAACAUUGAUAAAAAAAUAUAUAA